AUGAAAGAAAUAAUUAGGGAAAGAAAUAGUGGAGGGGAUGAAAGAAAUGACGAGGAAAUAGAAAAAGAAGAAAGAAGUUUUCUUUUCUUUCAAUUUUCUAAAAUCUUUCCCUCUUCAUUUUUCUCUUUCUUUUCUUUUUUCUUUUCUUUUUUUCUUUUGUUACCUCUUUCUUUCCUUCUUUUAUUUUUCUCUUUCUUUCCUUCUUUUAUUUUUCUCUUUCUUUCCUUCUUUUAUUUUUCUCUUUCUUUCUUUCUUUCUUUCUUUUGUUUUUCUCUUUCUUUUAUUUUUCUCUUUCUUCCCUUCUUUUAUUUUUCUCUUUCUUUCCUUUUUUGCAUUUCUAUUUCUUUCAUUGUUUCGCUUUUCUAUUUCUUUCCUUCUUUUGCUUUUUCGUUCUUUUGCUUUCUCUUUCUUUGUUAUUUUUGUUCUUCUCUUUCUUUUGUUUUUCUUUCUUUCCUUCUUUUCUUUUUCUAUUUCUUUCCUUCUUUUCUUUUUCUAUUUCUUUCCUUCUUUUGUUUUUCUCUUAAACUUCAAUUUCUACUACAAUUCCUUUAUAAAUUCGUUAUUCAUUUCGCUGUUUUUCUUCUUUUUGUAUUCCCUCUUCUUCUCCUCCUCCUCCAUCUAGUUGUUCUUCUGGUACCCCAUCUCCUCCCCUUUCUUCCACUACUACUACUACUACGACAUCUACUACUCCAUAUUUUUCUUGCAAUCAUCCUGUACACCUUCUCCUUCUCUCCCUCUUUCUUCUUCUUCUUCUUCUUCUAA